CGCCAUCCAACCGCCAAGAUGGCCGACUCCGACUCCCCGGUCACGCUGCGUACGCGCAAGUUCAUCCGCAACCCUCUGCUCGGUCGCAAGCAGAUGGUCGUUGACAUCCUCCACCCGAACCGCGCCAACAUCUCCAAGGAGGAGCUCCGCGAGAAGCUCGCCGGCAUGUACAAGGCCCAGAAGGACCAGGUCAGCGUGUUCGGUCUCCGGACCCAGUUCGGUGGCGGCAAGACCACCGGCUUCGCCCUCAUCUACGACUCGCCCGAGGCCAUGAAGAAGUUCGAGCCCCACUACAGGCUGGUCCGCGUCGGCCUGGCAACCAAGGUCGAGAGGCCGAGCAGACAGCAGCGCAAGCAGCGCAAGAACCGGCAGAAGACCCUGCGGGGCACAGCGAAGGUCAAGGGCGCGAAGUCGAAGAAGGAGAAAUAAACGGUUGGCGUUUCUUUUUGGCGUCGUCUGCGAUACCGGGUUUCAUCUGGGCGGGAACGGACGAUGGCUGUGGCUUUGUGCAUUACCCUGGACUGCUUGUUGCAUCCGGCAAGUUUGACGCCGUAACUAUGCAACCGGAAUUCAUGACGGUGGCGUGAUGGUCGGGGCUUCGAUGAUUCUGGCAGAACCAUAGCAUUCUCAAUACAGGGCGUCGUCGGUUACCAACUCGCGGGGAAUUCAUCUCGGGCAUGGAUGGGCACGGCAACAUCACAUCUUCCGCCGUGGAAUGGGACCGCCUUGUUUCCACCUGUCAAGAGAGCAGCUACAGUGGUGCGAAGGAUGGGGAGACGCGUCCGCUGUGACAUCUUGACGCUUCACUUGCCUCGGCCGCCCACCUCAAAACGCCAGUCGGAAACGACGC